CAGCCGAGAAAGCGCUGGCUCAGCAGAACCCAGCGGGCAGGAGGAUGUGAAAUUUGGCUGGGGCCAGCUGGGGUUCUGCCCUCCCAAAGCCCUCCGGCCUUUCCUAACGCUGUGACUUCCCCCGCGAGGGUGUCGGGGAGGAGCCGCGCGGUGCCGGCAGAGAGCGGAGCCCGGCGGGAGCGGCAGCUCGGGCUCCCUGCCCUGCUCCCAGCACAGAACACCAAAAUGGAGAAGAGAUUCUGGGAGCAGCUCUAUCUGGCCCUUGCCCUCCUCUUCCUGAGUCUGGGCUCUGCUGUGACUGUAGAAAACCCUCACAGCUGCUAUGGAACUCCAGGCCUGCCAGGCAUGCCGGGUCUGCCAGGCAGGGAUGGCCGGGAUGGGCUGAAAGGAGCCAAAGGAGAACCAGGUAUCCCAGCUCCUUCCACACAGCUAGGGCCCAAAGGCAUGAAAGGGGAACCGGGCUUACCUGGCCCUCCAGGCAAGCCUGGCCCCCCUGGGCUCCCUGGUGCCAGGGGCAUCCCUGGGGAACCGGGCGCUGCCGGGCCCCCAGGGCUGCCAGGCAGCUCCAAGCAGCAGCAGCAGUCAGCGUUCUCAGUGACCAGGCAGACCAGCCAGUACCCCCUGAAGAACGUCCCUGUCAUUUUCAACAACAUCAUCACCAACACCAAUGACGACUACGACACCACCACGGGCAAGUUCACCUGCAGGUUCCCCGGCGUCUACUACUUCGUCUUCCACAGCUCACACACGGCCAACCUCUGUGUCAUCCUGCACAAAAACCAGAGGAAGAUGGCCAGCUUCUGCGACCACAAGACCAACAGCAUGCAGGUCAGCUCGGGGGGCACGCUGCUCCACCUGGAUGCUGCAGACAAGGUCUGGCUGGAAGUGAACGACUACAACGGCAUGGUGGGCAUCGCCAGCUCCGACAGUAUCUUCUCAGGAUUCCUGCUCUUCCCAGACUAGAGGGUCAGCAGGGCCCACCCCGGCACCCCAACAUCUUCCCCCUGUCCUGCUCGCUGCUGGGCUCUCCCUGAUGCUCUCAGUUUCUCUGCAGGGAGGGCAUCAAGCCCCCCUCAGCGUGGGGGCUGAGCGCUGGCGGCUGCUGCAUGGGGGGAGCAGGCACAUCUGGAUGCAUCUGCACCCACAGAGAUGGUGCUGAGCUCCUGGUCCUGCUGGCACUGCCGUGGGCAUCCCCCCUACUAACCCCACAUUACCUCAGAGGUCUCUCUGUGUUUUUCCCCUCCCCACCUGGGCUGCCUCAAGUUCAGCCAGGUGUCCUGGCACAGGCUUGCAGCAACCCCUUUGCCGUGGCCUGGCUGUGGAAAGUGUCAAUAAAACCUUCCCUGGUGCA